AUGACGAAUGAAGGUACCCACCCUCCGACUCCUCGCAGACGCAUUAUGGUAGCGAUGACUGGUUCCACUGGUGCUUUUCUGGGAAUCAAAGUCCUUGUGGCGCUACGACGUCUGAAUGUCGAAACACACCUCGUCCUCACUCACUGGGCUUUAGCUACUAUAAAAUACGAGACGGAUUAUACGUCUGCAAAUAUUAAAGCUCUUGCUGAUCAUGUGUGGUCUAAUCAUGAUCAAACCGCCCCAAUUUCGAGUGGAUCUUUCCAUGCUGAUGUUAUGAUUAUUAUUCCAUGUAGCAUGAAGACUUUGGCUGCCGUCAGUUACGGAUAUUGCGAAGAUUUGAUUUCCAGAGCUGCCGAUGUCAUGCUAAUGGAAAGACGGAGGUUAGUCUUGGCAGUCAGAGAAAUGCCGUUGAGCGAGAUUCAUUUGAGAAACAUGAUGACGAUCACCCGAGCUGGAGCGAUCAUUUGCCCGCAGAUGCCGGCAUUCUAUACAAGACCUAGUUAG